AGACCCAAGUCAAUGGAAAGACUCAACCAAACCAGCAGUGUCUCUGAGUUCAUCCUCCUGGGACUCUCCUCCCGGCCUGAGGACCAGAAGCCACUCUUUAUCCUCUUCCUCACCAUAUACCUGGUCACCAUAACAGGGAACCUGCUCAUCAUCCUGGCCAUCUGCUCUGACUCCCAGCUCCAGACCCCCAUGUAUUUCUUCUUGAGCUUCCUGUCUUUCACUGACAUUUGCUUCACAACAACCAUUGUCCCCAAGAUGCUAGUCAACUUCCUAUCAAAGAAGAAGACCAUCUCUUAUGCUGGGUGUCUGACCCAAAUGUAUUUUAUAUAUGUCUUUGGCUACACUGACAGUUGCCUUCUAGCAGUCAUGGCCUUUGACCGCUAUGUGGCCAUCUGUGACCCUUUCCACUAUGUCACCACCAUAAGCCACCAGUGCUGUGUCCUGCUGGUGGCCUUCUCCUGCUCAUUGCCUCACUUCCACUCACUGCUACACACACUUCUGCUGAAUCAGCUGACCUUCUGUGACGCUAAUGUUAUCCAUCACUUUCUCUGUGAUAUCAGCCCUCUGAUAAAAUUGUCCUGCUCCUCCACAUUUCUCAAUGAAAUUAUUAUAAUGACAGAAGGAACUGUUUUUUUGGUGACCCCCUUUCUAUUCAUUGCUUUCUCUUAUAUACGCAUCCUCAUUGCGGUUCUCAAAAUUCCCUCAGCUGCUGGGAAACACAAAGCCUUCUCCACUUGUGGUUCUCACCUCACUGUGGUAGCACUCUUUUAUGGAAGCAUCUUCUAUGUCUAUUUACAGCCUGUGUCCACCUACACUGUCAGGGACCACAUGGCAACCAUUGUCUACACAGUUCUGUCCUCCAUGCUCAAUCCUUUUAUCUACAGUCUGAGAAAUAAAGACCUGAAACAGGGCCUGAGGAAGCUGGUGGGCAGGAGGAAACCCCAGGCAGCACCCUCUUGA